AAAAAUGUACCAUGGAGGCUUGUUUAGGUUUAGGCAGAAAUCAACGUUCAAACAAAUCACAAAAAGAUUUGAAAUUACAACAACAGCAGCAACAACAAAAGGAGCAAUCAGCGACAGGACUUCAUCAUCCUCAUCAAUUUCAUCAUCAACAUCAUGGCCAGAAAUUGCAACAGCCGGUAACAAAUCAGAAUUAUUAUACGACACAACAGCAGCAACAACAACCGCAUCAACAGAGACAACAUUUAAUUACAAGGAAUCAGCAGCAACAACAACAACACCAACAGCAAUUCACGGGUUCCACAAAUGUGGGAAGUGGAGGAGGCGGUGGGAGUAUAGCCACUGGCGGAGAUGUGAAACAAAAGCCGCCACAAACACCACACCAUCAGCAACAGCAACAUCACUUCGAACCGCAGCAGCAGCUUCAACAUGGUCAAAAUGUAAGGCAAAUCAUUUCAAAGGCAACAACCGUUGCAGCAACACCAUCCGCGCCAACAACAGUUAGAACAAUGCCAAAAUACAAAAACGCUCCCUCGUCCCCGCCAUUUGAAGAUUCGGUCCCACCACCACCCGCCAAUACAAUACAAGUUGAUGUCACAACCACCCAUCCAUCGAGCACGAGUCCCACCUCAAAUGUCAGUUCAGCGGCGACAAAUAAAAGUUGUCGAAAAAUUAGUGGCAGGCAUGUCCAACAACAGUCACAUCAGCACCACCACCAUCAUCAGGUACAGCAGCAACACCUUCAUCAGCAACAAUAUCAGUCAACGAUGCCCGCAGAUUUAGAUGCCAUAGAAAUUUGUGCGGAACCGGAGCCAACGCUGGCCAUCUCCUUUAAAGCCGGUGGAGGAGGUGCUGGCAUGGUACGGCACACCAAAACUUUGGGAAGACUCAAUCAGACACAUAGUAUGGAAGAACAGUGGUCGAAUAUACCGCAGACAACAUCGAUGCAAUUGCUGCAACUUCAGCAGCAUCAACAGCAGCAACAACAACAGCAACAUCAUGAUUAUUCAUAUGCAUAUUAUGAGCCAGGAGCCGCCAUGCGUCACACAAACAUACCCAACUCCCAGGCCAUACCGGACGACGAGGAUUUGACGCCAGCUCCCCCCAACUCCAUUCGGGCCUUGCUGUCCAAAGGAAAGAAAAAUAAAAUAUUGGUAUCACCCGCCACAAGGCAAUCGUAUCAGGUCCGUCUGACUCAGCAACACCAAAAGCAAUUUGCCAAUCAGGCUGCAGCAGGGGCGACAGCAGCAGCAACACCUUCUGCCGCAAUCGCGGGGGCUGCAACAGGUGCCAGCAAUAUUUCCACACCCGAAAACUUCUAUGAGGAAAUCUCCGCCUCGUCGACCUCAUCCUCCUCCAAUUCGAUGACUAGCCAUCGCCAAUUACGUUCCACUUCCCAUUCGGCAGGUUCGCUGACACAACAGCUGGUUGAAGAGGAAUUAAGAAGAGUACAAAAUAGACAUCAUAAGAUAUUAGGCGAGUUGAAUUUAUCGGUUGAGGCCAUGCUAAUGCCCGAAAGUCCACCCAAUACCAGUCCCACCGGUAGCAAUAGUAAUUCCGUGGCCAACAGUGGGCCCAAGGAGCAACCAACAGCUCCCACAGUCAGUGUUACCUCGGCAUCGGGCCAACCAUUAAGGCUCACCUCAUCAUCGGCUGAUAAUAUCUGUGAUCCUGUUCUUGUAGCGGCAACAGCAACAUCUGUGGCACCGCUCUCCAGCUCCGCAACAAUAGCUGCAGGCCUCUUACAAACCGGAUGCAUGGCAGCCACAGACUUGGACAGUGGUUUUAGUGGCAGCAGUGGUGCCAGUUACAUUGGUUCGCUGCGUCUACACAAAACCAAUGCCUUGAUGAAUUCACGCACUGCCCAACAAUCUGCAACGACGUCUGGCCCCGCGGCAGUCACACAAAAAUCCCAACAACAACAAAGUGCCUUUGCCUAUGCCACACAAAGUUGUCGCUCCUUUCAGAGGGCGAAUACAUGCAUCGACACCAAUGCUUCGUCGCGUUCACACUCUUCGGCUAUAAAGCAUUUGCCUCAGGUGCAUUUGGCCGGUAAACACACACUGUCACACCAACAUGGCUAUCUGGCCGAUUCGACGGUCAUGGGAAACGAUGAUGACGAAGACGUUGCCCUGAAUGCAUCGGGGUUUUUUACGCGUGCUGCCUGUGGUCGACGUAUUUUAAAUUGUGCCAAAAUAAGAGCGGCCGAAGAUCCCGGCCCAGUGGUUGUAGUUGAAUCGAAAGCUCGUAGUUUUUGGAAUCGCAAAGGAUGGCGCAAAUUUCCUGGUUUCUCAACAUCGACGUCCAGCAUAAAUGAUACGGGUUUAACAACAG